CGGUGAAUUCCCCGAUCGGCUACGAUCAUUGCCAGUUACAGUUUCAGUGCGAAAGGACGGUCUUGUGAAGUUGGUGCAAAACAUGGGGAAAAUGUUCCAGCCAGCAUGGUUAUGUAUACUAUUCGCUGCGGUGAUCGUUUCGGCAGAGGUGUCAAUUAAUUGCGAGGGUCAAACAAACUGCAGAGUGCUGGGUCAAAAUCCACAGGAUAUACAAACAGCGUUGCGCAACUAUCCUUCUGCUAAACAAGUUGAUCUUCAUGGUAAUUUGCUGGAAUCGUUCGAUGGGUUUGCUGUGCAGAAUUUGAAUGGACUGCAGGUGUUGAAUUUGUCUUACAAUCUGCUGCAAGCUGAUGUACUUAAGAAAAUUAAAAACACUCAGUUGAAAAUUGUGGAUUUAACGUAUAACCAAUUGAGCAUCGUGAGCAUUCCAGCUUCAGUGAACAAGUUAAUCGCAACACGUAACAAACUCCAUAACUUAGUGAUACCAUCAUUCAAUCAACUUCAGGAACUUCAUCUGUCUAUGAAUAAACUGGACAGUUUGAGAGACCUCAGAAACGCAAGGAGUUUGACCAGUUUGGAUGUUUCUUGCAAUCACAUCAGAGCGCUAGAGUUUGAAGAGCUGUCACGAAUGCCAUCCUUGACUACAUUGAAUUUGGCUAAUAAUUACAUUAAUGUGAUAGUCGGAAAUGUACCACUGCCCAAUUUGAAGUAUCUGGAUCUGUCUAAUAAUCUGCUGACAAUAAUGGAUGGUUUAUUCAAUUAUAUGCCAGAGCUAACAGAAUUGCAGAUUCCAAAUAACAAGAUCGUUAUGACGCUUGACACCAAAAGGGAAUACCCGAAGCUGAGUUCUGUACAUCUGAGCGGCAACGAUUGGUAUUGUAAAAGUCUAACCGAAUUCUUGGGUAAAAACCCACAGGUGACGUCCAAACCAGACCGAGUGCCGUGUACAGCUGAAUCCUUCAAAAAUGUAUGCUGCUCGAACGCAGCGUCUCCGUUUGCGGAUCGUCUCAUCCAGUAUCGCUUCCAAAAGUUCAAGGCCCUUGAGAUUGGCACAGCUCAGCGAGUUUCUGGAAUCAACUGCGCUGACUACAAACCGAAUCCUUGCGACGGGGACGAUAGCCUAGUGUACAAAGUAGCUAGCUCAACCGUGCAGGAUGCUCAGUUCUUUGCUCGUUCGCAGCUCCAGGAGAUACAGAAUGAUCUUCGACGAUCGCAAAAUAGAAUCGAUAACGCUAGGAGAAGCAACCAGACUCUUCAUGCGGACAUCGCGGAACUCAAUAGCUUGGUUAAGGAUUUGGAUGGGUUUGUCAACCGAGAAUACCAAAUUGCUGGACUGGAAGGUGAGAAAGAAACAAGCAAACAACUUCGGAACAUAUUUCAACAGUACGACACCGAUUAUGGCCAGUUGAAGGCACAGAUCAACGCAGAGGAACGGGACACCGGAAGCAAACUGACCGAAGUGACUGCGAUCGAAAGUCAACUGCAAGAGCUACGGGAACGGCAAGAAAAGCUGACCGAAGACAUCGGUAAACGGAAUAGAACCGUGACCGGUUACUUGGCGCAGAUCGAAGGGCUGAAUAAACGGAUACAAGGGACCAGAUUGAACUAGUGGCUGGCGAAAGUUUUGUAACGUUGGAUACGUUCCAAAUAUCUGCUGUAUACUAGUGUGUCAAUAAAGGAGAAAAAGAUGAAUAAUCGAA